AUGACUAAACAAAAAAGUUCAGGAAUGACAAUUUGUACAGGCACAGGAUCAUCUUCUUGGCAUUUUAAUAUAAACAGAAUGACCGAACAAACAAUUGAAGAAGUAUUGUCUGUAAUAGAUAAAAUGGGAUUAAAAUUGGAUCAAGUAGUAGAUGCUGAAAUGAUAGAAAAUAUUUGUCCAAUGGCGUUUAGUGUUCGUGAUCCUGUUUUUAAUGCAACAUUUCCAAAAAUGGCUAUUCGGGGAUUUGCCAAUAAAAUUUUAAUUAAAUCUCGUUGUAAAAAUGCACAUUUAAUUCUCGACGGGUCUACAUCAAUGCCGUUUAAUAGGGGAGCUGAAGUACUUUUAGAAAUACAUCCUGAAGAUGCUUUGAGGACUGCUGUUUUUAGUAAGGAACAUCGAAGUUAA